CCAUGCCAACGUGUUCCACCCCCGGCCAGUGGCUGCUUCCGCCCCGGGUAUCCUAACCAUGGGGACAAUUUACCUUUUUCGAAAGACACAAAAAUCCCUAUUGGGCAAGUUAUCUCAGGAGUUUCGACUUGUAACGGCAGACCGAAGAUCCUGGAAAAUCUUGCUGUUUGGUGCAGUAAAUGUGAUAUGCACAGGUUUCUUACUCACAUGGUGCAGUUCUACAAACAGUAUGGCUUUAACAGCCUACACCUACCUGACCAUCUUUGACCUCUUCAGUUUAUUAACGUGUCUUAUAAGCUAUUGGGCAAUGGUGAAAAAGUCUAGCCCAACAUAUUCAUUUGGGUAUGAAAGGUUUGAAGUAUUAGCAGUGUUUGCUUCUACAGUUUUGGCCCAACUUGGGGCUCUUUUCAUACUGAAAGAAAGUGCUGAAAGAUUUCUAGAGCAGCCAGAAAUACAUACAGGGCGUCUUCUGGUGGGAACAUUUGUAGCCCUGUUUUUCAAUUUAUUUACAAUGCUUUCAAUUAGAAAUAAACCAUUUGUCUAUGUUUCGGAAGCUGCAAGCACCAGUUGGCUACAGGAACAUGUUGCAGAUCUCAGUCGAAGUUUGUGUGGAAUUAUCCCAGGACUGAGCAGUAUUUUUCUCCCUCGAAUGAAUCCUUUUGUGUUAAUUGACAUUGCUGGAGCCAUUGCUCUGUGUAUUACGUAUAUGUUAAUUGAAAUCAAUAACUAUUUUGCUGUGGAUACAGCGUCUGCAGUUGCUAUCGCUGUGAUGACGUUUGGCACCAUGUAUCCAAUGAGUGUGUACAGUGGUAAAGUGUUACUUCAGACAACACCACCUCAUGUGAUUGGGCAGCUGGAUAAACUUGUUCGAGAGGUAUCUACUCUCGAUGGAGUCCUCGAAGUACGAAAUGAACAUUUUUGGACUCUUGGAUUUGGCACCAUGGCUGGAUCUGUUCACGUAAGGAUUAGAAGAGAUGCCAAUGAACAGAUGGUGCUUGCUCAUGUUACGAACCGUCUUCAAACAUUGGUUUCAUCUCUGACUGUUCAGAUUUUCAAGGACGACUGGGCAAGACCUGUUUUGGCUUCUGGCCCAAUGCCUUCCAACAUGCUGAAUAUGACUGAUCACCACGUCAUCCAGAUGCCAUCUUUAAAAACCUUGAAUGAUGAAUUAAGCCCAAUGACUUCAACGCCUUCCAAACCAAGUAGUCCACCUCCAGAAUUUGCCUUCAAUACACCAGGCAAAAAUAUCAACCCAGUCAUUCUUACAAACACUCAGACAAGGCCUUAUGGCAUGGGAUUAAAUUAUACACCAUAUGGUGGCACUUUUAAUCAAGGACUUGGAGUGCCAGGGAUUGCAGGAACACAGGGUAUACGGACUGGUCUUUCGAAUGUGGCCAACAGAUAUGGAACAUAUACUCCAGGACAGUUCACUCAAUUCAAACAAUGACCUUAUUUUACCUACUCUUAUUUUUUUUCUUUUCAUUCCUUUUGUUCCAUUGGUUGAGAUAUAAAAUCUAUGAGAUAAGGUUAAAGCGGUUAAUGAAUCCUCAGUUACAUCAUGUCCAAUGAGAAUUAUACAAAAACACAUGAGCCAAUCAGUCGUUAAGGAUUGAGCAAUGAGACCACUAGUACAAUUUCUCUGAGAAAAAUACUUUUAAGAUGCAGGAAAGCGUCCUGUUUAUUCUCAAAGUAAAAUAUGGACUGAACACAAGGGGGCAAUAUCAUAUUUUUUAAUAAAGCAAAUGCCUUUUUUUGC